GCCAUACCCCCAAUGAAAAUAAACAACAAAUGGGCCAGCUGGUUAAGGCUUGUGUCCCAAUAACAUAAUGCGACGGUGUGAACUUAGCCAAUAUAAGAAUAUGUCAAAUUUAGGCAUAUAGGUAACCAGAACUACGCUGUUCAAUACGCUAUCAGCGCAACAUUCAAGUACAAGUUGUGAUUUUCGGAUGUGAUGAGCUAACGUUAAGGGCAUUCCAUGAUGGACAGUGAUCUAAGUCCUCAGGAUAAAAAAGACUUGGACAAGUUCAUAAAGUUUUUCGCUUUGAAGACAGUGCAGGUGAUAGUCCAAGCGCGACUUGGGGAAAAAGUAUGCACACGCUCCUUGUCUUCACCUACUGGCUCUGAUUGGUUCAAUCUGGCAAUCAAAGAUAUCCCAGAAGUUACACACGAGGCAAAGAAAGCUCUGUCCGGGCAGCUUCCUGGCAUCGGACGAUCCAUGUGUGUUGAGAUCUCCCUCAAAACCUCAGAGGGAGACUCAAUGGAAUUGGAGACAUGGUGUCUCGAAAUGAACGAGAAGUGUGACAAAGAUAUUAAGGUGUCCUACACUGUCUACAACCGCCUGUCAUUACUGCUCAAGUCACUGCUGGCCAUUACAAGGGUAACCCCAGCCUACAAACUCUCACGAAAGCAAGGCCAUGACUAUGUCAUACUGUACAGGAUAUAUUUUGGAGAGGUUCAACUCACAGGAUUGGGAGAAGGGUUCCAGACAGUGCGUGUAGGAGUUGUGGGAACUCCCAUUGGAACAAUCACCUUGUCUUGUGCUUACAGGACAAACCUGGCCUUCAUGUCCACCAGGCAGUUUGAGAGGACGGCUCCGAUUAUGGGCAUAAUUAUUGACCACUUCGUUGAGCGCCCCUUUGGCAACAUGGGACACAUGCGUCCAUGUAACUACAGAGCACCCGGGGAAGAUGAAGGAGCAUACAAUGGGGUGGAAGAUUCUCAGGAAGUGUGCACCACGUCCUUCUCCACUUCUCCACCCUCACAAUGUGUGUUCACUGUAAGUAAGGCACAUUUAAAGACCCCUAAACCUGCAGUGAUGGACACUCUGAAAGUCCCCAUGAUGGGCCUGGCCUUCUCACACCAACUCUACUGCUCUCGUCUUUCUUAUCAGCCUCCUGUUCUUGUCGGAGCUGCUGACUUCUGCCACCCUUCCACCUUAAACGCUGCCAACCCACACCAGGUAACCACCCAGAUGGGAAUCCCAGGGAAGGAGGGGGGCAUACCCCAGCAGGUGCCUGUGCAGCCUUGUCAUGGUGCCCAGGCAGAGCAUGGACGAGUGUCCUCAUGCCCCCCCGCUGAUCAUGUUCCCGCCACUCCCUCCAGCAGUGGUGAGGGUGCAGAGACCUUGUCGAGGAGCAUUGAGGUGAAGGGUGUCUCUCCCUGUGAUGUACUGGAGACCACCUUCACCAGGAAAGUGGGUGCCUUUGUCAACAAGCCAGGCACACAGGUAACCACAGCAAGCCUGGACUUACCAUUUGCAGCGUUUGCUCCCAGAGCCUAUGACCUCGAGGAAAAUGACCCUAUGGUUCAGCCGCCGGAGUCCCCAGCCACGUCCUCUCCCCUGCAGGGCAGUUUACACUCCCAGGGCUCUGGUGAGAGUGGUGGCCCGGCACAGGACGACUUUGUUAUGGUGGACUUUAAGCCUGCGUUCUCUAAGGAUGACCUGCUUCCCAUGGACCUUGGCACAUUCUACAGAGAGUUCCAGAACCCCCCACAGCUCGCCAGCCUCACUAUUGAUGUCAGUUCUCAGUCCAUGGCAGAAGACCUGGACUCUCUUCCCGAAAAACUUGCAGUAUACGAGAAGAACAUUGAUGAAUUUGAUGCAUUUGUGGACACAUUGCAGUAGGGAUAGAAAUAGAUCCACUGGCUGCAAUGACAAAUUAUCCCAUUUAGUCCAUCUGCAAGGUCCUGUUGUCUUUCGAGCUUGUUUGCAUUCAGUCUGUGUAUGCCUCUGCUUUCUUCUCUAGAUUUGAAAUUCCACAUUGAUUUGUAAUCAGAAUGUUCCUCUUCAAACCUCACUGGUUGAUGUAUUGUAGAGUAAGAGAGCCUGUACCCAACAGAAGACAUGUGAGAAACUACAUUUGCUCUAGUGUUGAGCAGACUGUCAUAGUGUAAAUACCAAAUCCCCUCUCACCUUGCUGUUAUAGAACUUAACACACAAUAAGAAAACAUUCAGUUCAUGAAAGCGAUUUUGUCUAAAUAAUGUCAGGAGGCAUUGUAUUAUUGCUGUCCCGUGUGACACGGAGAACGUUCAUAGCGCCUAUGGAGUCAGACAUGGCUAUGUUUUAGUAGAUGUGAAGAAGCCAAGCUAUGUAUGGAAAAUGAUCAGUAGUAGUCAAUCUAUACCCAAGAAACAACAAACAUACUCUGAAUCUGUAUAUUGAAAGAAGUUCUUUUUGUAAAUUGGGAGAAAUGUUGUCCUCCUACCAACUUUAGGACAAGUAUCACUACAAAUGAUGUACCAUAUAAAGGAAGUUUACUUUUUCCCCUUAUCUGUAAAAAGGCUAAACAUUAUUUGCACUUUCAAUGUAUCAAUCUUAAGUCCUCUUGAUUUUCCCAAUGCUUUGUUAAUAUACAGUAGCAUGGUCAUGCGUAAUAAAAGUUAUUUCAAAUGGCCUAUUUUGUAUUAUCGGAAAGGAAUAAGCCAGAGGCCCUAUAUAUAUAUAUAUUUCUGAUUGUGGUUGUUUGUGAUUUAUACCAGCACACCACGAGUGAUUGUAUUUGUCGCCCCUCUUGAAGCUUAAAUACAAUAGAGCAUCAAUACUCUUGUCAAAUGAGUACGCCCCUCCACACAACUAAAUAAAUCAAACAAAGGCACUUUUAACCAUCACCUUUUAUUUAUACUUUAUAUUCACAACAUAAAAAAAGAUCUUGAAAGUAAGAUACCUAGAACUGAGGAAAAUAGUCUUAAAGAGACAUUUCAUUUUCACUGUAGCAACCAGGAAAUACUAUUUGACAAUACAGAUAAACAGUACAAUAAAGGUGGACAAACGGGCACAAUUUUCACGAGAUAUGACAAGUGGUAGUUACUCGCCUGUUUCCUUAAGGCACACAGACGCAAAUGGGGUCAAAGGUUCUACUAAGCCACUGAUCCGCAUGUCAAUGCAAUUGUUUCAUUGACAUGAUUAGGAAGUUUUCAUAAUAGACAAAACAUAGAAGCACAACAGAACUCUUACUUAUUCAGUCUUUAUAUUAGCACGGUUCUUGUUCAGGAUAUGUUCAUUACAAAGUCAUUCAGGAUUACAAAGCACAGGAGUUGUACCCCCAAAAGUUUGGCCACUGCAAAUAGUUAAAAAAUUAUGUUAAGGUUAAAAAAAAAAUCAAAUGGAACCCUCUUAGUGUUCUCCAACGCAUUUGGAAUUGAACAAAAGCAACGGACGUCAAAAUUGACAAAAUAAGGCUCAGAAAAAAACUGAUCUAACAGUUAACAUACAGAACAAAAACAGUAUGGCCUGAGAGCCCAAUGGGUCUGUAAGUACACAGCAUUUCAGUCUAUCCAUGACUAGGAGCCCUUUUAUUUCCCCUACUGACUUUAAGGCUUCAUAAAAGAUAUUUUCGCCAGCAAUGACACUAGCCGUCAAAGCCUUUACAUCUGGAUAAUGAUUUUCAAGGAAUAACUGUCGUAGGUAGAGUAAUAAUGCACACAAAAGUAGAAUAUGUAUCAUGAACACUGUCCUGUAUUGAGAAAGCAAAUCAGGCAUAACAUGAAAUGUAAAAGUUACACAAUUAAGACUAAGAGUUUUUUUUAAACAAUUUUUUAAAUAGUUGACCUGUACAAAUGAUAAAAAAAUUAAAGACUUGGCAAAUGUAAUGCAGCAAAAAGAAACAAACAAAGGCUUGCUGGAAAUAUUUUAAAAGGCGAUAUGUGA